AGCAGACCCAGGCGCGCGGUGCGGUGCCGCCAGGGCAGCGGGACCCAGGCGUGCCCGGCGCGGCGGCGGCGGCGGGCCCAGGCGUCCCCGGCGGAGGGGCCCCGGCGUCCGGGGCGGGCGCCAUGGCGGGGCUGAAGACGGCGAGCGGCGAGGCCAUCGACGGCUCCUUCGAGCUGCGCGUGGAGGUGGAGCAGGGCCCCGGGGCGCCCCGCGCCCUCGCCCUCCGCGUCACCGGCGGCCUCCACGUCGGCGGCCUCAUGCUGCUCAUCGUCGACACCGUCGGGGAGCAGCGGGACUGGUCGGACCACGCGCUGUGGUGGGCGCAGCGGCGGCAGUGGCUGCUGCGGCCCGGGCGCACGCUGGACGCGCUGGGGCUGGGGGCGGACGCCCGCCUGCGCUUCGCCCCCCAGCACCGCCCGCUGCGCCUGCGCCUGCCCAACCGCCGCCGCCUCCGCCUGCGCCUCUCCUUCGCCCAGCCCGUGAGCCGCGCCGUCGCCCACGCCUGCCGCCUCCUCGGGAUCCGGCACCCCGAGGAGCUGUCGCUGCUGCGGGCGCCCGAGGAGGAGGAGGAGGCGGCGAGGAAGGGCGGGGGGGCGGCGCCCGAGGAGGAGGACUUCGACCUCACCGCCGUCGUGCUGCCGCCCGGCUCCGAGGCGGCCUGGCCCGGCUGCCCCCCCCACCUGGCCGGCCCCGAGGCCCAGGGCUGCUUCCGGAUGCUGGUGGCUCCCCGGGGGGGGCUGGGCCCCAGCCCCCCCCCCCGCAGCCCCGCCCGCGGCCCCCCCCUGAUCCAGCGCGCCCGCAUCAACGCCCGGUGGCUGGACUCGUCGCAGUCGCUGAUGCAGCAGGACGUGGCCGACGACGCCGAGCUGCUGCUGCGCUUCAAGUACUACUGCUUCCUCGACAUCCAGCCCCAGCUGGACGCGGUGCGCAUCGCCCAGCUGUACGAGCAGGCGCGCUGGUCGCUGCUGCUGGAGGAGAUCGACUGCACCGAGGAGGAGAUGAUGCUCUUCGCCGCCCUCCAGUACCACAUCGACGAGCUGGGGGGCAGCGGGGAGCCGGGGGGGGACGCGGCCGGGGGCGACGCGGCCCUGGACGACCUCGACGCCGCCCUCGACAGCCUGGAGCUCAAACUGGGGGGGCCCCCCCCGCCCCAACUGGAGGACCUCACGGCCAUCCCCGAGCUCAGGGAGUAUCUGGACAUCCUCAGGCCGCGCAAGCUGGCGCUCCGGGGCUUCCGGCCGCACUGGGCCGUGUUCAAGGAGACGACGCUCUCGUACUACAAGAGCCCCGAGGCCCUGGCCGAGCCCGUGCAGCAGCUCAACCUCAAAGGCUGCGAGGUGAUCCCCGACGUCAACGUGGCGGCGCAGAAGUUCUGCAUCAAGCUGCUGGUGCCGGCGCCCGACGGCAUGAGCGAGGUGCAGCUGCGCUGCCGCGAUGCGCAGCAGUACGCCCGCUGGGUGGCCGGGUGCCGCCUGGCCGCCCGGGGCCGCACCAUGGCCGACGGCUCCUUCGGGGCCGAGGCCCGGGGGGUCCUGGCCCUGCUGGGGGGCGGGGCCGAGGGGGCGGGGGCGGGGCCUGGCCCUGGCCCCGCCCCCGGCCCCGCCUCCCGGCCCCCGCCGGACCCCCGCGUCCUCCUGCCCCCCCGCUUCCAGCGCAAGAUCAAGGCCAAGCAGCUGCCGGCGCGCAUCCUGGAGCAGCACCAGCGGGUGGCGCCGCUGUCGGGGGCGGAGGCGCGGCUGCGCUUCCUGCAGGCCUGGCAGGCGCUGCCCGACUUCGGCCUCGCCUACUUCCUCGUCCGGUUCAAGGGGAGCCGCAAGGACGAGGUGCUGGGCGUCGCCCCGAACCGGCUGGUGCGGCUGGAGCCGGCGCUGGGCUCGGUGCUGCGGACGUGGCGCUACAGCAGCCUGCGCCAGUGGAACGUCAACUGGGACAGCCGCCAGGUGGCCAUCGAGUUCGACGAGCACGUCAACGUGGCGUUCAGCGUGGUGUCGGCGCCGUGCCGCACGGUGCACGAGUACCUGGGCGGCUACAUCUGCCUGGCGAGCCGCGCCAAGGGCCGCCCCUUCGACGAGGAGCUCUUCCACAAGCUCACCGGCGGCCAGGAGGCCCCCUGAGCCCCCCCCGGGCCCCCCCCGGCCGUGCGACGCGGCCUCGUGCGAGGUGGGCAGGGCCUCGUGCGAGCGGCCGCCUCCCCGUGCGCGGGUCGCCGCGUGCAAAAUGGGCGCUGCCUUCCUUCCCCCCCCCCGUCGCAAUCCUCCC